ACGCUACUUUUUUGGAGUCCUUUCCUUUUAUAGUAAACAGUUGUCUUUGCACUUUACCCACCCCUCAUGUAUGAGACCCACAGCUGAAUAUAUAAGCCGUGGAUGAAAGUAUUGCCUUUGUUCCCUGAAGCCCUUAAGGUUAUUUUUCAACCAAGCACUUUGGCAAGAAAUCCAGACUCAUGCCUCCUAAAAAGCCUGACCCCAAGAAAGAAGCCCCCAAAGCAGCUCCGGCUCCGGCUCCAGCUCCAGCUCCAGCUCCAGAACCACCUAAAGAACCUACCUUUGAUCCCAAAAGUGUGACAAUUGAAUUCAGUGCUGAUCAGAUUGAAGAGUUCAAAGAAGCAUUCAUGCUCUUUGACAGGACCCCAACUGGAGAAAUGAAAAUCACAUACAGCCAGUGUGGAGACGUCAUGCGAGCCCUGGGACAGAACCCAACCAAUGCAGAAGUCUUGAAAGUGCUAGGGAAACCAAAGACAGAAGAAAUGAACACAAAGAUGCUGGAUUUUGAGACUUUUCUCCCAAUGUUACAACACAUUGCCCGAUCCAAGGACCAAGGGACUUUUGAGGACUUUGUGGAAGGAUUGCGUGUUUUUGACAAGGAAGGAAAUGGCACUGUCAUGGGAGCUGAACUGCGUCAUGUCCUUGCCACUUUAGGCGAGAAGAUGACAGAGAGUGAAGUAGAACAAUUGAUGGCUGGACAAGAAGAUGCCAAUGGCUGCAUCAACUAUGAAGCUUUUGUCAAGCAUAUCAUGUCUGGCUGAAGCUAGAAUCUUUAAAAUUCUUCAGAUGAGUAAAAAACUGAUUCGGCAGAAAUUUCCUCAUACAAUUUCCCCCUUAAAAUUCUGUAGGAGAUGAAUCUACCACAAGCCACAUUAAAGGGACUGCCCAUUAUAAUAACAAAACCACUGCAUUAAACACCUCUGCAUCAAUUUCAAAUUUUAUUUUUUUAAUCGUUUCUUCUUUUUGUUGUAUCUGGUACAUUUAAAUUAAAAUAUCAAUAUUUGUGCAGGAUGCACUAAUUAUUAUUUGGUUUUAAAAAGUCAAACGGGAAAAUAGUGUACAUAUGUGAUGGCUCAUAAUGUUUUUACUACUGGUUAUUUUGAAUGGGACAUCAGAUUAGAGAAUGUUGCUAUAUGAAAAAAUAAAGAUUUGUUUGUUUCUAUCUUUCAA